UGAAGCCAUUCUGGAUCGAGUGGAACACACGGGUUGUGAUGUGAGCCAGAGUCACAGUGCAGUCAGACGAUCACCACCAUGUCUUCCGAUGCGGACAGAAUUCUGGGCAGCAGUCUGUCUCACCAUCACCAGCCGUUCAAGCCGAUCGGCACCCACUCGGCCUCCCUCCUCCGCACCCUCAACGAGCUGCGCGAGUCGGACGUCCUGACAGACGUGUCCCUGGUGGCCGAGAGUCAGACGUUUCACGUCCACAAGGUGGUCAUGGCGUCCGCCUCCGACUACUUCAGGGCUAUGUUUACCACGGACAUGCGGGAGAAAGAACAACAGGUCAUUGAACUCCACGGCGUUACCGCCAAAGGACUGAGGUUAGUUAUAGAGUACGUCUACACGUCUGAGGUGCCGUUAGAAGAAGACAACGUCAGGGACGUCCUAGACGCCGCUAGCCACUUACAAGUCCUCUCCUUACUGGAGAAGUGUAAAAACUUCAUGCUUGCGAAGCUCAGCUCAAACAACUGCCUGGCGAUGGCCAGACUUGCAGAAGCGAUGAAUCUGGACAAGAUCGAAGCGGCUGCGAGAAGGUACUGCCUGCGCACGUUUGGACUUGUGAUCAAGACGAGAGACUUUCUAGAAUUGCCGAUAGACAAGUUGUUGCCCCUUCUUGAAAGCGAUGACGUGCUGGGCUGUACGGAGACGGGGCUGUUCCAGGCGGCGCUCAAGUGGUUGGAGCACGACCCCAGUCGGCAGGAAUAUGCGUCACAGCUGAUGUCCCGGGUCCGGUUCCCCCUCAUGCCGCCGGGAGAUCUCGUCCGUUACGUCCAAAGUCACGCCCUGUUCCAGACGGACGGAGACUGCCAGGCGCUGCUCCUGGAGGCGUCCCGCUACCACAACUCCGUCCUGAUGCAGCCAGUACUCCAGUCCACACGCACACAGGUCCGCACCAGCCAACCCACCCUGCUGGUUGUAGGUGGGACCAGAAUGCUAUCCAACGGUGGAGUGGACGCGUCCAAAGACAUCCUGUGUCACGACCCGAAGACGAACAAGUGGAACAAACUGACAGAGCUGAGCGGGAAGCGGAGUCACCACUCCGCGGCCGUGCUGGGGAACUUUCUGUACGUGGCAGGCGGACAGGACAGGUGGCCAGGCCCGAGGAACGGCAAAAAGAAACCACAGAGCUCAGUUCUUAGGUAUGACCCGGUACAUGACAAGUGGUUCAAAAUUGCAAGUAUGAAUCAAUCCAGGAUGUCCUUCUUCCUCGGCGCGUCGGUGUGCGGUCGUCUGUUCGCCGUCGGCGGUAUCGGGCCCGAAGGUCGGCUGGCGUCGGUGGAGUCGUACGAUCCGGAAACUAACGAGUGGUCCUUCGUCACCUCCAUCGGCGAACCUCGGAGCGGACAUGCAGGGGCCGAACUAAGGGGGAAACUGUACAUCAGUGGAGGAGGCACAGAGUCUAUGGGUGUAGAGAACACCGUCCUUGUCUGCGACCCUUCCGAGGACCAGUGGACGGGGAAGGCUUCCAUGUACGCGCCGCGCGACGGCCACCAGAUGGUGUCUCUACGGGACCGACUCUUCGUCUUCGGCGGCGUCCACUACAACGGGCACGGCCAGCUCAUCCACGUACACAGGACCGAAUGUUACGACCCGGACUCAGAUCAGUGGACUAACGUGAAGAUGAUGCCAUUCCCUCAGUGUUACGCGGGAGCGGCUGUGGUGAAGCAUCACAUUUUCGUGGUCGGGGGUUUCUCCUGGCUGAAGAGGAAGUGUAGUAAGAGCGUACAACAGUAUCACGCCCUGCAUGACAACUGGGUGAAAUGUCCCGAUCUUCCCGAGUUUAUGGACGGAGUGGCCUGUGCCACCUUGUUUAUCCCACCCACUAGAAAACCAAGUAGUACCUGGUGAUACAACUGGUAAAAAGGUAAAGGUAUCCCCAGACUUUUAGGGCCUUAGGGGCAGUAGGUUGUUGAUCGGCUGUGUCUAGACUGGGUCCAGGUUACGGUAUUGGAAGGCAGACCCAUGCGUCUCUCCUCCCGUGGCCUGUUACCUCCACAACCGAAGCCAGGUACAAUUUUACAUGUACACCGGGGUAGAGAGGAAUGUCGUGUAAAGUGCAAUUCACAAAGGCGCAUGCAACCGCUAGCCAAGAAUGUCAGAAUCGAACCAGCGACCACUAGUGUAGCGACUCGGGCAUUCGACGCCACACUGGUAGUGUAUUUUGGUAAAAUAUGUAUCUGCUUUCCAAUAAGAACCUUUAGUUCAUUCCGCCGGGAUAUCGGCUGAGGGCUCGAUUGUUCUGAGUAGUAGUAGUAGUAGUAGUAGUAGUAGUAGUAGUAGUAGUAGUAGUAGUAGUAGUAGGCAUUUCGUCGGUCUUUCAAGACCAUACUAAGUACUUCUUCUACACCAUGCUCAGAGCACUUGAGCUUACAAAGACGUGACGUGACCAAUAAUGGGCCAAAGGUGAUUUGAAGUCGGUGUGAGUUAUAUCCAAGUUCAUGCGAUGUUAGCGAUAAUAUUCAUUCCAACUAGAAAAGAAAUUCAGCCCUGGUCUGUACUUCA